GACCUGCUGUCCUGUGAUCACUCCCAACUCAUCACUCUUCACUCUGUACACACCGGUCCUCAGAGCUAUCAUGGCUGCCACUUAUGGAGACAUCACAAAAGUCCCAACAACUGGAGCAUCAGAGAAAACUGCUCGCCAAGACAAGCUCACAGUAAAGGGGGUGGAAGCCUCAAACAAGCUGGCUGAAACUGACCUGAAGAAAAUGGACCAGUACAAGUCCAUCAUCACCAAGGUUGGACAUGCAAAGCAGAUGGACCCGGCUGUGAUUGCAGCCAUCAUAUCCAGAGAGUCGAGGGCUGGAGCUGCUCUGGUGAAUGGUCUGGGAGACAAAGGGAAUGGCUUUGGGCUCAUGCAGGUUGACAAGCGACACCACACUCCAAGAGGGGCCUGGAACAGUGAGGAGCACAUCGUACAGGGCACUGGGAUUCUGAUUAAAGCCAUCACAGAUAUUCAGAAAAAGUUUCCCAGCUGGCCCAAAGAACAUCAGUUUAAAGGAGGAAUUGCUGCCUACAACUUUGGUGUAGAUAACGUUCGCACAUACGAGCGAAUGGACAUUGGAACCACGGGGGACGAUUACUCCAGUGAUGUGGUCGCCAGGGCCCAGUGGUUCAAACGCCAUGGCUACUGAGAGGCUACUGAGAGGUUACUGAAAUGAUACAAUGAUUACUGGAUUUUGGAUUAUAAAAAGUGUAUUUGUCUAUGUUCAGAUAGGCACUGCAUCUUGGUUGCUACCUUUACUGCACUUCAUGCUUUAAUAACCCCCAACAAUUGAUACAGUACAAUAUAACCACAUAAUUUGUGGUUAAUCGUUUAAUAGUUCUAUAAACAUUUUAAAUGAACAUUUCAUUUAUAACUAUGGUUAUUCAAUUUAUGGAAUAAAAUAUAAUCGCAUGAUUAGUUAAUGUCAGCUCAUGUGGGACAUUUUCAUGAAUUAGGCAAACCUUUAGAUUUAAAUGCUCAAGCUUUGUAUUGCAAAAUCAAUAAAAUGUUCUCAUGAAAUCAA